AUGAUCGAGGUUGGGCGGAUCCCUGAUAAUGAUUCGGAGGGACACAUAGUGCGCCGCGAGGCACUGCAGCCCCUUCUGCGUUUGGAGCAUCUGCGAGUACUCGAUAUCCAGGGCUGCCCGGUGGACCUCGACGACGAUUUGCUGCGCGACAUGGCGCUUGCUUGGCCAAAAUUGGAACGUCUUGAACUGGGGGGUGAACGCGGGUCGUGGGUACCGAAUCCGCGUGCGACGCUCCUUGGUCUCAUCCCCCUGGCCCAGCACUGCCGUCAUCUGCAAUACGUCGGGCUCGUGUUCGACACACAGUGUGUGGGUACCGCCGAGGAGUGUGAGCAGCGGCCCGGCGGUGGUGUGCGGAACCGUCUCGUAGAGGAGCUCGGUGUGGGUAACUCAAUUAUCAAGGACCCAGUGCCCAUCGCAAGCUUUUUAUCGUCGCUGUUUCCCAAUCUAUGGUAUAUUUGUAGAUCAUGGCCGCACGAAGACGACGCGGAAGAGGACGACGCGGAAGAAGACUUCGAGAUGUCGCGUCGGUGGACGCAGUGUGCGCAAUUGGCAAGAGAGUUUGCCCGGGUACGCAAGCAGGAACGGAAAUGGCAGAAGUCCGCAAGGGCCAUAGAGGAUGCUCCCCAGUGAUGGCACGUUGCAUUCCGUACCUCGUGGCUCGAGUGACAGUUCACAGCACAACAAUGGAGUAUUAGGACCGCCGAUACAACACCGUAUGUUCUGGCUUUUGUGGCAAGUUUGCCCAUACCAACUUGGGAACUCAGGGUGCAAAUCAAAGCUCUAAGGCACCGUCUGUCAUUCUGGCGACUAGUCAGUGUUACAACUUGCGAACUGAACAACAUACGACAUGUGCAAUCGCGUUACAAUCCCUGCAAGGGGCUCGCCAAGUAACAUGACACGGUAUGUAGACAAAGGAGAAAGCAUUCAAAUAUUAUGCCUGGAGUUUGAGACACUAAAUUUGUCUACAAUGUAUGGGAGACAAGAGAUACUAGUACUGUAGUUUGCAAUUGAACACAAUGCAUAAACACGUGCGUAUGCAC